AUGGACAUGGUUCCUCGUUACUCUCAAAAAGCAACGAAGGCGCACGAAGCAAAGAAAGGUUUCCUGGACUCACUGGACGUUCCCCAUCCGUCAAAGACGAAAAUGGUCAUCAAAAAAGAUGGAACUCUCGGCUGCCCGAAUCUCUGGUCCUACCGGAACGCUUUCUUCUUUACUGGAACAAUCGGGACGACAAUUGGAUAUGGAAAUGUCUAUCCAACUACGAGUGGCGGCAAGAUUUUCUGCGUGUUCUAUGCAUUAACGUCCAUUCCGCUCUUUGGAUUCUUCAUGGGCAAAAUCGGCGACACACUCAAACUCUACAUGAGUCAAAUACUCAUUUCCAUCUACGGAAAGACCCCUACUAAACGACAAGCAUUCACAAUCUUUGCUGCUUACGUGUUCUUCGGAUCCUUGAUCUUCUCGAUAAUUCCCGCUGUCUGCUUCCACUUCUUAGAAGGCUGGGAGAUGCUCAACGCUUGGUAUUUUACGAUAAUUACGCUUACAACUGUUGGUUUCGGCGACUACGUUCCAGCUUUCCAGCAAGGCGACAUCGACAAUUCCGCAUGGUUGAACUUUUUCUUGGAGAUUUAUCGAACAAUAGGAAACUCGGCGAAAAAAUUCAUAUUCUAUCCAAAAGUUCAUAUUUCGCGAAUUAAAAAAGUCUUGAUGUGGAUGCUUGCUGGCCUUGCCUGGCUUGGUGGCUUGAUAUCGAUGAUUUCCGAGUCCUUGGGAGAGGUGAUGAACUCUCUCCGAGUCGGGCCCGUUUUCCUCCGUGGACGCACUCCUUCCGUAGAGGCCGAUUUAGUCUCACAACAAGAUGUCGCCUUCAGAGGCGCACGGGACCAUCUGCUCGACAACAUCCCAGAAGAAGAAGACCCUGAAUGCAAAACUCUGAAUUCCGAAUACGACGACUCUCCAGACGCAGCGCGCAAAAUCUACAAGAAGAGCGCAUAUCACCCCAAGACCUCGUGGAAGGGCACCAGAAAAGAAGACUUGUAA